GGGGUGGGUUUGGCACCAAAACGACGUCGGUUGGGUGUCGUGGUCUCUUCCGUGGCCAAAAUGGGGCAAAAAAACCCAAAUUUGGGCACUUUUGAGGUGUGUUUGCCACCAAAAUGAUGUCGGUUGGGUCUUCCUUCUUCCCGUUGGCCAAAAUGGGGUGAAAAGACCCAAAAUUGGUUGCUUUUGAGGUGUGUUUGCCACCAAAAUGGUGUCGGUUGGGUGUCAUGGCCUUUUCCAUAACCAAAAUGGGGUGAAGAGACCCAAAAUAGGGCACUUUUGGGGUUUGUUUUCCCCCCAAACACCACCAGUUGGAUCUCCCUUCUUCCCGUUGGCCAAAAUGGGUCAAAAAACCCCAAAAUUGGGCACUUUUGGGGUGUGUUUUCCUCCCAAAUCACCACCAGUUGGGUUUCCAACACCACCAGUUGGGUCUACCAUCUUUCAUUGGCCAAAAUGGGUCAAAAAACCCCAAAUUUGGGGACUUUUGGGGUGUGUUUUCCCCCCAAAUACCACCAGUUGGGUCUCCCUUCUUCCCGUUGGCCAAAAUGUGUCAAAAAAACCCCAAAUUGGGCACUUUUGAGGUGUUUUCCCCCCCAAACCCCACACAUUGGAUCUCCCAACACAACCGGUUGGGUCUACCAUCUUUCGUUGGCCAAAAUGGGUCAAAAAACCCCAAAUUUGGGCACUUUUGAGGUGUGUUUUCCCCCCAAAGCCCACACAUUGGAUCUCCCAACACCACCAGUUUGGUCUCCCUACUUCCAAUUGGCCAAAAUGAGUCCAAAAACCCCAAAUUUGGGCACUUCUGAGGUGUGUUUUCCCCCCAAAUACCACCAGUUGGGUCUACUUUCUUCCCGUUGGCCAAAAUGGGUCAAAAAAUCCCAAAAUAGGGCACUUUUGGGGUGUGUUUUCCCCCCAAACACGACCAGUUGGGUCUCCCAUCUUCUUGUUGGCCAAAAUGGGUCAAAAAGCCCUAAAUUUGGGCACUUUUAAGGAUGUGUUUUCCCCCCAAACCCCAAACAUUGGAUCUGCCAACACAACCGGAUGGGUCUACCAUCUUUCAUUGGCCAAAAUGGGUCCAAAAACCCCAAAUUUGGGCACUUUUGAGGGGUGUUUUCCCCCCAAACACCACCAGUUGGGUCUCCCUUCUUCCCGUUGGCCAAAAUGGGUCCAAAAACCCCAAAAUUGGGCACUUUUGAGGUGUGUUUUCCCCCCAAAUCACCACCAGUUGGGUCUCCCUACUUCCCGUUGGCCAAAAUAGGUCAAAAAAACCCCAAAUUGGGCACUUUUGGGGUGUUUUCCCCCCCAAACCCCACACAUUGGAUCUCCCAACACCACCAGUUGGCUCUACCAUCUUUCAUUGGCCAAAAUGGGUCAAAAAACCCCAAAAUUGGGCACUUUUGGGGUGUGUUUUCACCCCACAUGACUACCAGUUGGGUCUCCCUUCUUCCCGUUGGCCAAAAUGGGUCCAAAAACCCCAAAUUUGGGCACUUUUGGGGUGUAUUUCCCUCCCAAAUCACCACCAGUUGGCUCUACCAUCUUUCAUUGGCCAAAAUGGAUCAAAAAAACCCCAAAUUGGGCACUUUUGAGGUGAGUUUCCCUUCCAAACACCACCAGUUGGGUCUCCCUUCUUCCCGUUGGCCAAAAUGGGUCAAAAAACCCCAAAAUUGGGCACUUUUGGGGUGUGUUUUCCUCCCAAAUCACCACCAGUUGGGUUUCCACCACCACCAGUUGGGUCUACCAUCUUUCAUUGGCCAAAAUGGAUCCAAAAACCCCAAAUUGGGGGACUUUUGGGGUGUGUUUUCCCCCCAAAUACCACCAGUUGGGUCUCCCUUCUUCCCGUUGGCCAAAAUGGGUCAAAAAACCCCAAGAUUGGGCACUUUUGAGGUGUAUUUCCCCCCAAACCCCAAACAUUGGAUCUCCCAACACCACCAGUUGGGUCUCCCAUCUUUCAUUGGCCAAAAUGGGUCCAAAAACCCCAAAUUGGGGCACUUUUGAGGUGUGUUUUCCCCCCUACCACCACCACUUGGGUCUACUUUCUUCCCAUUGGCCAAAAUGGGUCCAAAAACCCCAAAUUGGGGCACUUUUGAGGGGUGUUUUCCCCCCAAAUCACCACCAGUUGGGUCUCCCAUCUUUCAUUGGCCAAAAUGGGUCAAAAAACCCCAAAUUGGGCACUUUUGAGGUGAGUUUCCCUUCCAAACACCACCAGUUGGGUCUCCCUUCUUCCUGUUGGCCUAAAAUGGGUCAAAAAACCCCAAAUUUGGGCACUUUUGGGGUGUAUUUCCCUCCAAACACCACCAGUUGGGUCUACUUUCUUCCCGUUGGCCAAAAUGGGUCAAAAAACCCCAAAAUUGGGCACUUUUGAGGUGUGUUUUCCCCCCAAAUACCACCAGUUGGGUCUACUUUCUUCCCGUUGGCCAAAAUGGGUCCAAAAACCCCAAAAUGGGGCACUUUUGCGAUGUGUUUUCCCCCCACAUGACUACCAGUUGGGUCUCCCUUCUUCCCGUUGGCCAAAAUGGGUCCAAAAACCCCAAAAUUGGGCACUUUUGGGGUGUGUUUUCCCCCCAAAUCACCACCAGUUGGGUCUCCCUACUUCCCGUUGGUCAAAAUGGGUCCAAAAACCCCAAAUUUGGGCACUUUUGGGGUAUCUUUUCCCCCCAAACCCCAAAGAUUGGAUCUCCCAACACAACCGGAUGGGUCUACCAUCUUUCAUUGGCCAAAAUGGGUCCAAAAACCCCAAAUUGGGGCACUUUUGAGGUGUGUUUUCCCCCCAAUCACCACCAGUUGGGUCUCCCUACUUCCCGUUGGCCAAAAUAGGUCAAAAAAACCCCAAAUUGGGCACUUUUGGGGUGUUUUCCCCCCCAAACCCCACACAUUGGAUCUCCCAACACAACCGGUUGGGUCUACCAUCUUUCGUUGGCCAAAAUGGGUCAAAAAAACCCAAAUUUGGGCACUUUUGAGGUGUGUUUUCCCCCCAAAGCCCACACAUUGGAUCUCCCAACACCACCAGUUUGGUCUCCCUACUUCCAAUUGGCCAAAAUGAGUCCAAAAACCCCAAAUUUGGGCACUUCUGAGGUGUGUUUUCCCCCCAAAUACCACCAGUUGGGUCUACUUUCUUCCCGUUGGCCAAAAUGGGUCAAAAAAUCCCAAAAUUGGGCACUUUUGGGGUGUGUUUUCCCCCCAAACACGACCAGUUGGGUCUCCCAUCUUCUUGUUGGCCAAAAUGGGUCAAAAAGCCCUAAAUUUGGGCACUUUUAAGGAUGUGUUUUCCCCCCAAACCCCAAACAUUGGAUCUCCCAACACAACCGGAUGGGUCUACCAUCUUUCAUUGGCCAAAAUGGGUCCAAAAACCCCAAAUUUGGGCACUUUUGAGGGGUGUUUUCCCCCCAAACACCACCAGUUGGGUCUCCCUUCUUCCCGUUGGCCAAAAUGGGUCCAAAAACCCCAAAAUUGGGCACUUUUGGGGUGUGUUUUCCUCCCAAAUCACCACCAGUUGGGUUUCCAACACCACCAGUUGGGUCUACCAUCUUUCAUUGGCCAAAAUGGGUCCAAAAACCCCAAAUUUGGGGACUUUUGGGGUGUGUUUUCCCCCCAAACACCACCAGUUGGGUCUCCCUUCUUCCCGUUGGCCAAAAUGUGUCAAAAAACCCCAAAUUUGGCACUUUUGAGGUGUUUUCCCCCCCAAACCCCACACAUUGGAUCUCCCAACACCACCGGUUGGGUCUCCCAUCUUUCAUUGGCCAAAAUGGGUCCAAAAACCCCAAAUUUAGGCACUUUUGAGGUAUGUUUUCCCCCCAAAUCACCACCGGUUGGGUCUCCCAUCUUUCAUUGGCCAAAAUGGGUCCAAAAACCCCAAAAUUGGGCACUUUUGCGGUGUGUUUUCCCCCCACAUGACUACCAGUUGGGUCUCCCUUCUUCCCGUUGGCCAAAAUGGGUCCAAAAACCCCAAAUUUGGGCACUUUUGGGGUGUGUUUUCCCCCCAAACCCCAAACAUUGGAUCUCCCAACACAACCGGAUGGGUCUACCAUCUUUCAUUGGCCAAAAUGGGUCCAAAAACCCCAAGUUUAGGCACUUUUGGGGUAUCUUUUCCCCCCAAAUCACUACCAGUUGGGUCUCCCAUCUUCCCGUUGGCCAAAAUGGGUCCAAAAACCCCAAAUUUGGGCACUUUUGGGGUGUGUUUUCCCCCCAAACCCCAAACAUUGGAUCUCCCAACACAACCGGAUGGGUCUACCAUCUUUCAUUGGCCAAAAUGGGUCCAAAAACCCCAAAUUUGGGCACUUUUGAGGGGUGUUUUCCCCCCAAACACCACCAGUUGGGUCUCCCUUCUUCCCGUUGGCCAAAAUGGGUCCAAAAACCCCAAAAUUGGGCACUUUUGAGGUGUGUUUUCCCCCCAAAUCACCACCAGUUGGGUCUCCCUACUUCCCGUUGGCCAAAAUAGGUCAAAAAAACCCCAAAUUGGGCACUUUUGGGGUGUUUUCCCCCCCAAACCCCACACAUUGGAUCUCCCAACACCACCAGUUGGCUCUACCA